CCAAACCCGUAUUAGUUUUAUGAUUCUCUACAUAAAGCGGCAUCACUUGUUUAUUUUCACGCCCUAAUGACAGAGUAAAAGAUUUCCUUUUGGACCUCCAAACCAAAACUAAAAGAAAAGAGCUUGGUCAACUUCUCCCUCCUUUCAUUAUUUGAUUAGUCAUAUUACCCAACCACUUUGAUGCUCUUGUUCGUAGAUCAAGCUUCAAGGCUAAAGAGAGAAAAACACAAGAAAUGGAGAUGAAGACAUGUUCAAUAUUCAUAGCUGCAACCAUCUUCAUACUUGGGAUCCUAUUCUCCCGCGUAAAUUCUCAAGCAGUAGCGGAUUCAUGCAGUUCAAACAUCGACCUCGUCAACGUUCAACUACCCUUUGAUACAACUUCUUUCAAUUGCAAUCCUGUGUGGAGUCCCCAUGGUUUCAUCCUCAGAUAUAAACAAACAGGAGCAAGUGAAUGGAGCUAUGUUCUGUCAGCCCCGAACUCAAAUGCUUACAUAGGAAUGGGAUUUUCACCCAAUGGGCAGAUGGUUGGUUCGAGUGCAAUCGUGGGGUGGGUGCGAUCAGAUGGUACACCAGCCAUGAAGAAAUACUAUCUGGGGGGAAAGAACUCCAACCAGGUCAUGCCGGAUCAAGGGAACCUUGAGAUUGGAAACUCAACCAUAGUAACGUUCAGUUCUCGAAUCUACAUGGCUUUCCAGCUGGUCAACACCGAUACGCCUGACAGCCUGCUUAUCUACUCCUUCGGGCCUCAGAACCAAAUUCCCUCACCCCCAAGCUUCCGUUUAACACAGCACUCCGACUAUGUCUCCACCGUCUUGAAUUAUGCCACAGGUCAAACUCAAACCACGAGUACAAACACAAAUUCGCUGAGAAAAAGCCACGGGAUCUUAGUGAUGCUAGGAUGGGGAAUUCUGAUGGCGAUCGGAGCAAUGGUGGCUCGGUACAUGAGGCAAUGGGAUCCAAUAUGGUUCUAUUCCCACGCAGCCAUCCAAUCAUUGGGAUUUAUGCUGGGUCUCGCAGGUAUUAUUACAGGUCUUGUCUUGAGCAAUCGUGUCAGCGCCAACGUCGAUAAACACAAAGCCAUCGGCAUCACCGUUCUCGUACUUGGUUGCCUCCAGUUGAUGGCGGCUUUGGUUCGGCCAGAUAAAGAAUCGAAAGUGAGGAAAUAUUGGAACUGGUACCAUCAUGGCGUUGGGAGAGCUUUGAUAGUGCUGGCCGCGGCGAACGUUUUCUAUGGGAUCCAUAUCAGUGAUGCAGGAAGUUCUUGGAAUACUGGCUAUGCUGUGGUUCUUGUUGCUUUGUUUGUUGUUGCUCUUAUUUUAGAGAUAAGGAUGAGGAUUAGAGACUAAAUUAUUAGUAUUAUACUUUUCAGAUUUUGUGUUCUUUUCAGUCACGGAAACAUUUUGCUUCUGGACUGUAAUUAUGGAGAUGGAAGUCUAGCAUUUUUGGAUCAGUUGUUCAAUUGACAGACAAUCUUUUGGA